AUGGUUAAGUGCGUAGUGCGGGCAUGCGGUCUUGAGAUAGAGUCGAAGCUCGGUCGCCACCAGUUGUCCAUUCUGUCUUGUCUGUCAAACCUCAAAGCCAGUUACAACAAUACCUCGACCAUCUUCUCCGCCCGCAACCGCCAUACCCCCUCCAACACACCACCCAUACCCCCUCCAACACCCCACCCAUACCCUCUCCAACACCCCACCCAUACCCCCUCCAACACCCUACCCAUACCCCCUCCAACACCCCACCCAUACCCCCUCCAACACCCCACCCAUACCCCCUCCAACACCCCACCCCUACCCUCUCCAACACCCCACCCAUACCCCCUCCAACACCCCACCCAUACCCUCUCCAACACCCCACCCAUACCCCCUCCAACACCCCACCCAUCCCCCCUCCAACACCCCACCCAUACCCCCUCCAACACCCCACCCAUACCCUCUCCAACACCCCACCCAUACCCUCUCCAACACCCCACCCAUACCCCCUCCAACACCCCACCCAUACCCCCUCCAACAGCCCACCCAUACCCUCUCCAACACCCCACCCAUACCCCCUCCAACAGCCCACCCAUACCCUCUCCAACAGCCCACCCAUACCCCCUCCAACACCCCACCCAUACCCCCUCCAACACCCCACCCAUACCCUCUCCAACACCCCACCCAUACCCCCUCCAACACCCCACCCAUACCCCCUCCAACACCCCACCCAUACCCCCUCCAACACCCCACCCAUACCCUCUCCAACACCCCAACCAAACCCCCUCCAACACCCCACCCAUACCCCCUCCAACACCCCACACGCCACCAAUACCCCCUCCAACACCCCACCCAUACCCCCUCCAACACCCCACCCAUACCCCCUCCAACACCCCACCUAUACCCCCUCCAACACCCCACCCAUACCCUCUCCAACACCCCACCCAUACCCCCUCCAACACCCCACCCAUACCCCCUCCAACACCCCACCCAAACCCCCUCCAACACCCCACCCAUACCCCCUCCAACACCCUACCCAUACCCCCUCCAACACCCCACCCAUACCCCCUCCAGCACCCCACCCAUACCCCCUCCAACAGCCCACCCAUACCCCCUCCAACACCCCACCUAUACCCCCUCCAACACCCCACCCAUACCCUCUCCAACACCCUAUCCAUACCCCCUCCAACACCCCACCCAUACCCCCUCCAACACCCCACCCAUACCCCCUCCAACACCCCACCCAUACCCUCUCCCACACCCCACCCAUACCCCCUCCAACACCCCACCCAUACCCCCUCCCACACCCCACCCAUACCCUCUCCAACACCCCACCCAUACCCCCUCCAACACCCCACCCAUACCCCCUCCAACACCCCACCCAUACCCCUCCAACACCCCACCCAUACCCCCUCCAACACCCCACCCAUACCCCCUCCAACACCCCACCCAUACCCCCUCCAACACCCCACCCAUACCCCUCCAACACCCCACCCAUACCCCCUCCAACACCCCACCCAUACCCCCUCCAACACCCCACCCAUACCCCCUCCAACACCCCACCCAUACCCCCUCAAACACCCCACCCAUACCCCCUCCAACACCCCACCCAUACCCCCUCCAACACCCCACCCAUACCCCUCCAACACCCCACCCAUACCCCCUCCAACACCCCACCCAUACCCCCUCCAACACCCCACCCAUACCCCUCCCCACCCAUACCCCCUCCAACACCCCACCCAUACCCCCUCCAUCACCCCACCCAUACCCCCUCCAACACCCCACCCAUACCCCCUCCAACACCCCACCCAUACCCCCUCCAACACCCCACCCACCCUGCAAACUAGGUUCCCCGCUGCAUCGCGACAUAAUCAUAGUACUUCCAGUACUUCCAACUGA